UUUUUUGGGUAGCAUAGUGGAUACUGUUGUGGCGCCAGGACGCAGUCGUUGGUUUAACGGUAGUUCUGACAACGAAACAGUUAAUAGUAGUUAGCGAUAGUUGCUCUGACAAACCCUUGGAGGAGUAAGAAGUGUUGACUAUUUGGUAGUUUACUUUUACUCAACGAGUUUUUUUUUUUCAAACGAAAAAACUUAAGUUUUUGGAAUUUCACUUCUUGUAGAAAUUAAUAUUUUUAAUUUUUGAUUUUUUCAACGAACUUUUGAGAUCAAUUCUGAUGCAAUGAACUAUACCUAGGAUGUUUUGAAAAGGAGUUUUCGGAAGAUUACCAUCAUGACAGAGCCAAUGGAGGAGAGCCAUCAACUGGAAUCUUUAGGUUGCCCAUCAGGUGAGAGCCGCAGGGACGCCUUGGAGCAUCUCCCAGUCAGCUACCAUGAUGGACCACAGAGCGCCGACAGGGGGCGCCAGAGAGAGCAGAAGCAGCGGGCGGAGAACCACGGGAAUAUCAACACAGGCAACUUGUGGCAAGUGAAAGGCGGACAGAGAGAGGUGUGUCCCGCUUCAGCAGACGGAAGCGAGCUUUCAAAGUACCCAAACGCGACGCCGUUUCAGCGCGCGCCCGACGGCCUUCCAAUAAGCGCCAACAGCCACAAUCCGCUCAGAAAAAACGGCCAAGACAGAGCGCUGCAGGAGACUUUGAACCAAGUGCAAGUGGCGAGUUUGCUCAUUGACUCCGACGCGGGCUUUGACGCGCGCCUGGGCAAGAAGAGGCACCGGCGCAGGACCUCCAAGAAGAAGCGCAACUGGAAGCCCUACAACAAACUUUCCUGGGAGGAGAAGAAGGCCUUAGAGGAAAGGGAGACUCUGAGAGCCUCGCGCAUGAGGGAGGAGAUGUUCGCCAAAGGGCUCCCCGUUGCUCCUUACAACACCACCCAGUUCCUGAUGGACGAACACGACCGAGAGGAGCCCGACCUCAACACCGAGGCCCGGCGCUCCCUGGGGGUCGGCGGUCGCCCAGAGGAGACCGGCAGCGAGGAGGAGGUCCUUGACAACGAGCAGGAGGACGACGACGAUGACGGCAGCGGCGGAGGCAGCGACGGCAUCGGCAGGCCGGGGAAUGCAGGUGGAGAGUUUCUCCAGAGGGACUUCUCCGAAACCUACGAGAUGUACCACGUCGAGACCCUGCAGAACAUGAGCAAGCAGGAGCUGGUGCAGGAGUACCUGGAGCUGGAGAAGUGCAUGUCCCGCCUGGAGGAGGAGAACAACCGGCUGAGGCGCGCCGUGGAGCCCGGAGCAGCCACGGAGAGCGUGCAGGUUCGGCUGCAGGAGCUGGAGGUGGAGCUGGAGAGACUGAGAGCCGAGAACUCCGAGCUGCAUCUGCAGAGCAAGCUGAGCAGAGACCAGGACCAGGGCGCUGCGCAGUGAAGGACUGCUCCCAGGGAGGGGAAACCGAUUCAAAAAGGACAAAAAAUGGGACUACUUUUCUUUUCAAACCUGGUUUCUAUCAUCAGUUUGUCAGGAAAGUCAUUGCACUGCAAUGCAAUAGUCUACUGGACGUUUUUUUUUAUUUCUUUAUUCGUUUCUGUCCCAGUUUUAUUCAGGUGGAAAUGUAAAAAAAAAAAAUCUAAACAAAUAGCAGGAAAUGUUUACCCAGCCCAAAAUAAUUUCCAGGUUACAAUGUAGUCAUACCAUUGGCGUACACUGUUCCAUGUUUUUUUCAAAGUUGCAUAUCCCCUCCAGAUAAUAAACUAGUUAAUUUGGCCAUUUCCUCCAAAACAAAACCAAACUGGUGCAAAGAUUUUAACAGCUGUGUGUUAACACGUUGAAAUAAAGAAAAGUUCUAAUUGAAA